AUGCUAAACGCUGUACAAUCAAGUCUUCGUAUUAGCCCAUCUAGAACUUCUCGUUUAUUCCAUACCUAUAAUCCACUAAAAAUGUUCCAAGUCGGUGACGUUAUCAAGACCGGCCUAGCCGGCGUGCAAGAAAACUCUCCAGGUAAUGCUGUGGACAUUGGCAAGGAAGUCAGCAAGGGCAAGCACAUUAUUGUUGGUGUCCCAGCUGCUUUCUCUCCAGCAUGCACUGCCAGCCAUGUCCCAGGCUACAUUGCCAAGUUGGACGAACUAAAGAAGAAGGGUGUUGAAAACGUGUUUAUCACGUGUGUCAACGACGCUUUCGUCACCAAGGCGUGGAGCGAUUCUUUGAAGACUCCAAAGGACGUGCACGUCCUUGCCGACACCCGUGGUGAAUUCGCCAAGUCCGGAAACACCCUUUUCGACUCCGAAGAGGUUUUCGGUAACAAACGUAACUACCGUUACGCCAUUAUCGUCGACAACGGUAAGGUCGUUGCCGAGUUUGAAGAACCAGACAAGACCGGCGUCAACGUCUCGUCCGCCGAGAAUGUCCUCAAGGCUUUGUAA